AUGACAUCAUCUCCAUCGCAGUUUGCCAAUACAAACAAAUUUCAAGUUAUACCAACUUCUACAACAUUGUUUCUUACUCAACCACUCAGUAACAAUGUUGCUAUCAAUAACAUGGGUAACAUAACACAGAAUAUUCGUCCAACUCCUUCGCAAAAUGGAACCAUUCUUUCACAACCAAUGACAAGUGGAAUAAUGACUACACCGACCAAUUUCGUUCGUGUUAAUCAGUCACAACCUAUGCAAACUCAACAGCAGCAAGGUCAAUUUACCACACAAACAGUAUGGACAAAUAAUCUAUCACAAUCCUCGCAACCUCAAUUUACGAUACAAAAACAACCACAACAACCGUCUGUUCUCCAGUAUACUACCGUUAAAACUGAGCCAGGUACGCCAGGUGGAAAUCAAUCACAGUCUAAUGUAAUUCCCGCGAAAGUUAUAACACAAUCGGUUGUUCGUCAAACAGUAGGAACACCACAGACGGGAGCAACAUCCCAUACCUAUACAGAAUCUCAGAUAAAUGAUUUUGUUUCGAAAUGUCGAACAUUCCUAACUACUCUACUUCGCUUAGCUGAAAAGCAAGCUCCAGAGAAACUACCGAUGGUUCGAUCUUGUAUUCAACAACUUUUGGAUGGAACUAUUGAUCCGGAAUCUUUUACUCAACAAUUGCAUACACUCUAUAAGUCUCAACCACAUGUAUCACUCGUCCCAUUUUUCAAGUUAGCGCUGCCUCACAUGCGUCAAAUUGUAAAAAAUACAUUUGGAGUUCCAAUAACAAUUGAACUAUUGGAAAAGCUUCAAUUACCAUCUAGUAAUAGCAAUAAUAAUGCCAACAAUACGAUAGGUAUGACACAGGUGUCAAAUGCAAAUAUUAUUAGUCAACACCAACAGCAACAACAACAACAAUCAACACAAUUUAUUCAACAGCCGUUGUAUACCACUGUCCAACCCCAACAAAAGAUCAAUAUUUUGCAACAAACUCCUCAACAAACCCUGAUUGGUUCUACAGCGUCUUUGCUUAGCCAACAACAACAGCAGCAGCAGCAAGCACGAGCACAAAUUAGCAUCACUGGUUUUCGUCCAUUGGUUACAUCGUUGUCUCCAUCCGGAAAUACAAAUCUUCUUAGCGGACAACAGCAAUCACAACAAGUUCAGCCAGUGACACAGAUGAUCAUUCAACCAUCUGAUUCCUUAUUACAACGAUCCAUUCUCUCAACAACUACAGCUACAUUGCAACAACCGCAAAUCAUUGCUGUGAACCAUCAGCCGAUUAAAACAGAAACAAUACAAACUCCACCGCCUUCCCUUAUAUCUGCUAUUCAACAAAAACCAAUAAUUAAAACUGAAGACGAACCAUUAGAUGAUGGUAGUAAUCAAGCAAUGAUGAGCACGCGCCAUUUACAGCACGAUGACCGACUAAUACCGUCUCUUAUUUUACAUCGACGUUUAAAAGAUUUAGUCGACAAAGAUAAACGAUUUACAGGAAUGACAAUGGCAAAUGAUGCUGCUUUUCUUCUAAUAUCCAAUGCUGCUCAAGAAAGAUUGAAAUAUUUGUUGGAGCAAAUGAAGCUAGUCGCACAACAUCGAAUUGAUAUGUCUAUGAAGAAUGAUUCUGCGUAUCAACAAACAAGUGAUGUCAAAGGACAGAUGCGAUUUCUCGAAGACAUAGAUAAAAUAGAAAAGCAGAAAAAGGACAAGAUCGAACAAGAAAAGAUCUUUCGUGCUGCCAAAAGUCGUUCCAAAACCAACGAUCCUGAAGCAGCUAAACUAAAACAAAAAGCGAAAGAAAUGCAACAAGCUCAAGUCGAAGAACAACGGCAAAAGGAAGCCAACGAAACCGCUCUAGCUGCUAUCGGUAAACCGAAAAAGCGUAAACUCGAAGAAAGUACAAAUCAUCACCAUCCGAAUGUCAUGUCUACGAAUGGACCUGAACAAAUAUCUCCUAUUCAACCAUCGCCCUCGUCAAAUGUUACGACGUCAACAAAUGUAAAUAGUAAAUCAAAAACAACCAAGCGUAUUUGUCGAGCAAAUCUUCGUGAUUUAUUACUAAUAAUGGAAAGAGAUAAAUAUCUUAAACGCACAACUCUUCUCGUCAAAGCUCUUAACAAAUAA